AUGGCUACCAUUUCGUUUAUCAUUCUUGCAAUAUUCUUUACAUUUGUCUCAUCAAGCAAUGAAAAUAAUAUUGUAAUUACUAAUUCUGGUUCUACAAAUACUGCUGGUUAUGUAAUUAACGUACAACCUAAUGGACGUUGCAGUUGGAAAGUAACACCUCAUGGUGCUCAUCUACUUAUGUCAACAACACCAAGUAGUACAACUACACAAACAAGUAUUCAACUUUCAUCAGCUCGUACAAAAAAUAUGUUUCAAAUUGCUCAAGAAGCUCAACCAUUUAAUCAAUAUCCAUCUACCGGCUGUAUUAAAAGUGUUUCAUUUGGUACAACACUUCACGUAGCCUACAAUGGACAACAAACACCAGAUCUCAGUUGCCCAUUAAAAGAUCAACGAUUAAUCAAUUUGAAUAAUGUUAUUCAGGAAUUAAUUAAAGAUCUUAAUAUACAUACAAUGGGUUAA